UUGAGAUCAGGGCCCUGCUAAGGGCCGAACCUCUCCGAAUUUACCAGAGCUGAAUCCCGGUGACCUGUCACUUGGUGUUUGAACUCUCGGAUCUCACCAAACAACUGCUACUCAUGUCAGCAAACCACGAUGUGGCCCUCAAGGCCCUUCGCCGGGAGCAGGCCAAGCUCCAGACGUGUCUCCAGGAGCUGCAGCAGAGACGCAAGGAGCUCAAAGACCUGCAAGACAAGGUCCCCUUUCCGGUGCCUGAGGUCCCCUUGGUGUUCCGAGGACGCACUCAAGGACACACUCAGCAGGAAAGGGAAGAGUCGAAGACUGUGAUUUCUAACCCGAGGAUAUGCUACCCUCUGUCCGGGGGCUCUGCACUGGUCACCUUUGAUGACCCCAUGGUGGCUGAGCGGAUACUGCAAAGGAGGGAGCACCAGAUCGACCUAGAAGAAUGCCAUCUGCGGGUGCAGGUCGAGCCCUUGGAGCUGCCCCUGGUGACCUCUAUCGAGGUGUCCAGUAAGAUGAACAGCCAGAGGGUGCUGGUCAGUGGCUUUCCUGCUGGACUCAAGUUGAGCGAGGAGGAGCUUCUGGACAAGCUGGAGAUCUUCUUCGGCAAGAGCAAGAACGGGGGUGGUGAUGUGGAAGCGCGAGAACUGCUACCAGGGGGGGUCAUGCUGGAAUUUUCGGAGGAGGAAGUGGCCCAGCGCCUGUGCCGGAUGGGUCGGUUCACGGUCCCACUGGGCACGCAGGAGGUGGCCCUGCGAAUCUCUCCCUACAUGAGUGGGAAGGUGGAGAAGGCCGAGAUCCAGUCCCAGCUAGCAGACAAGUCAGUGCUGGUGCUCAACAUUCCCGAUGUCCUGGACGGCGCGGAGCUGCACGACAUCCUGGAGGUCCAUUUCCAGAAGCCCACUCGGGGCGGAGGGGAGGUGGAGGCGUUGGCGGUGGUGCCCUCGGGGCAGCAGGGCCUGGCGGUCUUCACCACCAAGUCAGGCUAGGGGAGGGGUCCUUCCCGCCCCCCCACCCCAGCCGGGUGGGGCUCAGUGCUGGCCAACAGCAGGCAAUUA